AUGAUUAAGCUCCCUGGUGACGAAGAGCAACUGCUGGAACCGUUGGGAAAUUCCGUUGAAUUCUCGGAGACCUCAGCAGGUAUUUCAGCCUUAGUCCCAGAGGAUCCACCUCCCUUAUUCGAGCCCUAUUCUGCCGAUUACUUCAUCGACAACACCGGCAAUGUUGUUAGCCAUGACCUUCAUCUCAACACCGAUGGAGAGGCUCUCUACCGUUUUCUUCUCUCUCAAUCUACCACUCGACCCUCACUCCUCCUUCACUGUAAAGGUUCUCACCAGGAAACACGUUACCGAACUGUUACCUCGAGGCGCUCCGAUGGGCACAGUCACCACCGAACGGAGUCGUACACGGAAACUGUCACAGAUUUUGACCUUAUUAUCGACCUCUCAAACGUUCUCCUUUCGCUGCAGGGAGCAGAACCUGCGCAUUGGUCAUGUUCAGAUACAGAACCUGCCUACCGAGGGCGAAUGUAUCGUGAAAUCGAACAACACGCUGGGAAGCGCCGCUCCAGGAGAGCAGAAAACAAAGCCUUCGACAAGUGGACCAGAUAUCGUGAAAAUAGCGGUCUUCCUCCGUGGGUUUCUGAUUCCCCACAAGGUCCGCAUGUUGAUCCCUUACUCCCAUCCAACGCACUGAAGUCUUCCAAAACCGUGAGGCAAUGGGCAGAUGAGUACUGCGCUUCACCGAAACAUCUGAAAGAGUUCACAUAUCGCAAAGUGAUAUAUGGUUGGGACAUGAACCUCAUACACCUACGUGUCAACAAUAUCAUCACCUCGGCUGUAGGACCCCUUUAUAGAGGCACCAUCGAGGUAGACUUCGAGCAUCGAAACAAUAAGAUCUAUAUCAGACCUGACAACCAGCUUUCUCGCAUCCUCUCGAAUGUUUGGUUCAAAAUACUGCUUUGGAUACUUCUCAUUUAUCCAUUCAUCUGGCUCUACAAACGUUUUCACUACCAGGGUGGCGGGAGAUGGGAGGUUUGCGGGGGUGCGUAUCCUAUCACUCGAUACAUUCCCCUUGAAAGCCUACAACAAUCUUCGGGGAAACAACCAGAGCAACCUCCUCCAGACUACAAUGAUACGGCCACCUCAUCCUCGACCGAUGAUGAGAGAAUUAAGACAUCCUCAGAUGGUAGAAGAUUUGUGCGCCAGGGUGUCACGGAGAAGCAAUGGUUGACCAAAUGGGAGUCGUCUAUCAACCAGGCUGUACGAACAGGACACCAGUCGUCAAUCCCUCUUGCAGAACCCAUCUCACAGUAUUAA